AUGUAUCCCAAACGUUCUUCUCAAGAUGAUGGUCCUGUGUCCAUGCCUGUCCGUGCAAGUGAUAGGCUUCGAAGGAGGCCGAAAUUGUAUGGUCGGCAAUAUCUAUACUACACUCCAAGUAUUAUCCGCCCGAAGAGAAGGAAAACAAAAACAAGGACUGCAGCUUCUCAAAUAGCGAAGAUGUUGCGUCCUGGAAAUCGACCAUUACGGGAAUCAAAUGCAGAUUCUGUUGAUAUGAACCUUCGCCGAUCGACUAGAAAGAGGAGGAUCUCUGUUAAUCUGGAUGGUUUCACAGAUACUUCUGGUUCAGAGGAUAAUGAUCUGAUGAGUCCCAAGUACCGCAAUCCCAAAUUUCGGAGUUCUAGAACUCACAUUAAUACCAAUGCUGCAAGUCCGGAUGAUUUAUUGCCUCGGCGGGAAGGACUGCGACCUCGAAGAGAAGGACUACGACCCCGUAAUGCAAGAAGUGCUGGCAGGGGACGGCUGACUUUGGAUUCUGAUGAUGAACAAGAAGUGUCUGAUGAAAAAGCAGUACGAGAUGAGCGAGUAAAUGGGAACAACAAUGUAGAGGAUAAUGAUGUUGAUGAUGGUGAAGGUGAGGAAGAUGGUGGUGGUGAGGGUGAUGGAGAAGAUGAGGGUGAUGGAGAAGAUGAGGGUGAAGACGAAGGGGAGGAAGAUGGUGAUGAUGAGGAACAGGAUGGUAGACGACGAUACGAUCUCCGUAAUCGUGCCGAUGUCCGUAGGCUCUCCAUUGAUGAAGGAAAACAAAGGCCACGGUCUCCUCGGAGGGUGCUUCAGCAAGGAGUAGGAAACAAAGUAGGCAGGGAUGUAAGAAGAGGUGGCUCUCGCGUUCAUAAGCGUCAUCGAAUAAGCAGAGCUGAAGACUCUGAUGAUUCCCUUCUAGUUGAUGAGCUAGAUCAAGGUCCUCCUAUUCCAUUUGGUAGAGGAGGGAGUAGAUCUUCACCGUGGCUUUUUGGAGGCCUAGACAUGCAUGGGGCUUCAGCAUGGGGUUUGAAUGUUGCUGCGUCUGGUUGGGGUCAUCAGAAUGAAGUCCUUUCGAGUUUAACUUCUGGUAUUCAGACAGCUGGGCCCAGCUCAAAGGGUGGGGCUGAUAUUCAACCCUUACAAGUUGAUGAGACUGUAACUUUUGAAGACAUCGGUGGACUCUCUGAUUACAUUGAUGCUCUUAAAGAAAUGGUAUUUUUUCCUUUGCUUUAUCCGGAAUUUUUCGCUAGUUACAAUAUCACCCCUCCGAGGGGAGUCUUGUUGUGUGGUCCUCCUGGCACUGGGAAAACGCUGAUUGCUAGAGCAUUAGCUUGUGCCGCUUCAAAGGCUGGGCAGAAAGUCAGUUUUUAUAUGCGAAAAGGUGCCGAUGUGCUAAGCAAAUGGGUUGGUGAGGCUGAAAGACAAUUGAAACUUUUGUUUGAAGAAGCUCAGAAAAAUCAACCCUCUAUAAUAUUCUUUGAUGAGAUAGAUGGGCUUGCUCCUGUUAGAUCUAGCAAACAGGAGCAGAUUCAUAAUUCUAUCGUGUCAACUUUACUUGCCUUGAUGGAUGGUCUAGAUUCCCGAGGACAGGUCGUCUUGAUUGGGGCAACUAAUAGGGUUGAUGCAAUUGAUGGAGCCUUGCGUCGUCCUGGGAGAUUUGACCGCGAAUUUAAUUUUUCAUUACCUGGUUGUGAAGCACGGGCUGAAAUUUUAGACAUUCACACCCGGAAAUGGAAGCAGCCUCCUACAAAAGAGUUGAAAUCAGAGCUUGCGGCUAGUUGUGUGGGAUAUUGUGGAGCUGAUUUAAAGGCCUUGUGCACUGAGGCUGCCAUUCGUGCUUUUCGUGAAAAAUAUCCUCAAGUCUACACAAGUGAUGAUAAAUUUGUAAUAGAUGUUGAUUCAGUGAAGGUGGAGAAGUAUCAUUUCAUAGAAGCUAUGUCAACAAUCACUCCUGCAGCUCACAGAGGGUCAAUUGUUCAUUCACGGCCAUUAUCUUCUGUUGUUGAGCCAUGCCUGCUUGGAGAGUUCCGAAAAGUCAUGGAUGUUAUCUCUGAUAUUUUCCCUGCUCUUGCUGUUUCGUCAGAACUUUCUAAACUCUCCAUGCUCUCGUAUGGUUCUGUAAUUCCUCUUGUAUACAGGCCUCGACUUCUGUUAUGCGGGCAGAAAGGUGUUGGGCUGGACCACAUUGGACCUGCAGUCUUGCACGAGUUGGAAAAAUUCCCUGUUCAUUCACUAGGACUUUCCUCUCUUCUUUCUGAUCCUGGUGCCAAGACACCAGAAGAGGCCCUUGUUCACAUCUUUGGAGAAGCAAGGAGAACGACACCAUCAAUUCUCUAUCUUCCCCAGUUUAAUGUUUGGUGGGAAAAUGCACAUGGCCAACUAAGAGCAGUUCUUCAGACGUUGCUGGAAGAGCUGCCUUCUGACUUGCCCAUUCUAUUGCUUGGAACUACGGUGGAGCCACUCCAUGAAGAGGGUGAUCCAUUUUCAAUAUUUCCUCGUCAAAAUAUAUUGCAUUUGAAUGCACCUUCAACUGAAGAUAGAUUUCAGUUCUUUGAUCGUCUGAUUAAAGCAGCCUUAUCAAUACAAGUUGAAGUUGUCGCAAAGAAAUCAUUUGCGGCUGGCUCGGAUUCUGAACUUCCAAAAGCUCCAAAAGUGCCUUCUGGACCGAAACCCUCUGAGUUAAAAGCCAAAGCAGAAACUCAGGGACAUGCUUUGCGCCGACUGCGCAUGUGCUUACGUGACAUUUGUAAUAGGAUUCUCUAUGAUAAGCGUUUCAGUGCCUUUCAUUAUCCGGUCUCGGAUGAGGAUGCACCAAACUAUCGUUCAAUCAUUCAGAACCCCAUGGACAUGUCUACUUUGCUGCAGCGUGUUGACAGUGGAAAGUAUAUAACAUGCAAAGCAUUCUUGGAGGACUUUGACCUCAUUUUGUCCAAUGCCAAGAAAUAUAAUGGUGAUGAUUACAAUGGAGCAAGGAUUGUCAGCAGAGCUUAUGAACUUCGAGAUGCGGUUCAUGGGAUGCUAUCUCAGAUGGAUCCUGCAUUGGUAUCAUUUUGUGAGAAAAUAGCUGAAGAAGGGGGUCCAUUGUCUAUCCCAGAUGAUUUAGGUGGCUCUUUCUUGCCCCAAACUCCGGUUGUGCAGAUGACUGCUGUGACUAGGGCCAGUGCCCGCCUUCGAAAUGUCCAGCCUGAAGUUGAUCUAGAUCGAAGCUACGAAGCACUGAAAAGACCGAAGAAACUUUCUGAAUGUGCACAAAUAGCUCCAGCAACAGAGGAGAGUACUCCAAAUCCCGUAACAACACCCCAGGAACGUGAAGCUGAUUGCUCAGAUCAGCAGUUGCCCGAGGCCAACAACUUGCAAGGUGAUGGUGGUCAGCAAGAGAGCUCUGAUCUCAGUGGCGUUUGCCCUUCCCAAGAUGUUAAUAUGCCGGAUGCAGAGGUAUCUGAUAAAAUCGAAGCGAUUAAGCAGCUUUUUGUUGAGCGUACAAAAGCCUGUGGAAUCCCACAGCUUGAAAUUUUGUAUACUCGUAUUAUGAGAGGUGUUUUCGAAACCAAAAACCGUGUAAAGGGUGAAGAAGAUCUGCAGUCUUCAAUUUUGAGAUUUUUGACGGAGGCUGCGGAGGACGAGUAUAAUUUUUGA